AAUAUGGACCGCAAUAAACCGCCUGACCCUGAUCCGCCUGACAUCCCUCUUGCGCCGCCAUCCCCUAACUAUCCACUUUCCCAAUUCGCAGAUGUUGUUUGCAGCAUCGCGGAUUCCCAAAUUCCGUCCCAUUCCGAUUCCCAAUCCUCAUCUCACCAGAACGGUAGGAAACGUUCUGGAGAUGAAAACAAUGCGCCGAAUCACAUUCCGUCUAAGCAGCAGAGAAACCAAAUAGGUCGCAAUAGGUACUCUGCCACCGAUAAAGCUCCGUUCAUCGUACAUGUCUCACGCUUGGAGUCCCAGCCUAAUGCAGUUACAGCCGAUCCUGCGCACUUCUCCCUUCAAGGGUAUGACCUGCUGAACCUUCCAAAAGCGCAUCUUGAGACUGCAUGGCAAGAGUAUUGGAACGUUUCCAGCAGUAAAAAGGUGCCGUCCUACUAACGCAACAAGUUCUACAAUAAGUGCAAAGUUUUCUCCUUUCAGUUUUUUUUAAUUGUUAUCGUACCUACUUGCUUCUCAUAUCACUUGUCAGUGGCAGAAUCGU